AUGGCGGCGGUGGUGGGAGGGAGAGCCGGCUCCUUCGGUUCCUCUUCUUCGCCGGGGCUGGGCUCGGGCUACGGGGGUGCCGCCUUCCACGCUACCAGCAGCGGCGGUUCUGACCAGCGGGCGGGCGGCGACGACGACGACGGGCAGAACCUCUGGUCCUGCAUCCUCAGCGAGGUGUCCACACGAUCCCGAUCUAAAUUGCCUUCGGGCAAGAAUGUCUUGUUGUUGGGAGAAGAUGGAGCAGGUAAAACUAGUUUAAUAGGAAAACUUCAAGGAAUUGAAGAAUAUAAGAAAGGAAGAGGAAUGGAAUAUUUGUACUUAAAUGUACAUGAUGAAGACAGAGAUGAUCAGACAAGGUGUAAUGUCUGGAUCUUGGAUGGUGACCUGUAUCAUAAAGGUCUUCUUAAAUUUGCAAUGGAAGGCAGCUCUCUAAAGGACACUCUAGUUAUGCUGGUAGUGGACAUGUCUAAGCCAUGGACUGCUUUGGAUUCUUUACAGAAAUGGGCCAGUGUUGUAAGAGAGCAUAUUGACAAAUUAAAAAUUCCUCCUGAAGAAAUCAAAGAAAUAGAACAAAAGAUGGUAAGAGACUUUCAAGAAUACACAGAACCAGGAGAAGACUUCCCAGCAUCUCCGCAGAGGAGAAAUACUUCACUACAAGAAGACAAAGACGACAGUGUCAUUUUACCACUGGGUGCUGAUACACUAACAUGUAACUUAGGCAUUCCUGUAGUAGUAGUUUGUACAAAGUGUGAUGCCAUUAGUCUUCUGGAAAAAGAACAUGAUUACAGAGAUGAGCACUUUGACUUCAUUCAGUCACAUAUCCGACGGUUUUGUUUACAGUACGGUGCAGCACUUAUUUACACUUCAGUAAAGGAAAGUAAGAAUAUUGAUAUAGUGUAUAAAUAUAUUGUCCAGAAAUUAUAUGGAUUUCCUUUCAACAUACCUGCUGCUGUUGUGGAAAAAGAUGCAGUAUUUAUUCCUGCAGGAUGGGACAAUGAAAAGAAGAUAGGAAUAUUACAUGAGAACUUUCAGACUUUAAAAGCAGGAGACAAUUUUGAAGAUAUCAUAACAAAGCCACCUGUUAGAAAGUUUGUACAUGAGAAAGAAAUAGUAGCAGAAGAUGACCAAGUAUUUCUUAUGAAGCAGCAGUCUUUGUUAGCAAAACAACCGCCUACUGCAGCUGGAAGACCAGUGGAUACUGCACCAAGAGUUCCCGGAGGGUCUCCAAGGACACCAAACAGAUCAGGAACCUCCAAUGUCGCCAGUGUUACACCCAUCCCUGCCGGAUCAAAAAAAAUUGAUCCUAGUAUGAAAGCUGGAGCGACAAGUGAAGGAGUGCUGGCAAACUUCUUCAACAGUUUGCUGAGUAAGAAAACCGGCUCCCCAGGGGGACCUGGUGGUGGUGUUGGUAGUCCUGGAGGAGUAGGUGGCACUGGAGGUGGUGGUGGCAGCAACUUGCCACCAUCAGCAAAAAAGUCAGGCCAGAAGCCGGUCUUAACAGAUGUUCAAGCUGAACUCGACAGAAUGUCACGAAAACCAGAUCUGGCCUCUCCAACAUCCCCCACGUCCCCUACAGAAGGUGAAGCAUCUUGAAGACACCAAAUAUAGCUCCGUGCGUUCGGUUUUUUUUGGAUAAUUUAAUCUUGCCUCUGCCUCUUCCUUCAGUGACUGGGACAAGGGAGCUGAAACGCUUUUCAGAGGAGGACA